CAUGUGAGCGACAUUAGUGACUUUUUCACCAAUUAGAAAGGGUUGCGCCUGGAGCUUCAUGAAACUUUACUUUUCUCUCAAAAGUUAGCUUCUAUUAUUAUCCUCUUCCUCCCCCUCCUUCCAAAAGUCAGUUGGUGCCCCCCUACCUUGUGUGCCUGCUGCUGCUCCUGUUCUCUCCUGCAGGAAGCUCUCAGGAUUGGAGGAUGUAGGGGAAUAUGCUGAAAUUUUAAUAUCAUACCCCCAGCCUCUAGCGCCUGGUCAGGACAAAGCCCUGUGGAAAGGCAGCGUGGAGAUGCUGUUGGAGGUUGAGCAAUAAGGGCCAAGCUGCUGAGAGAGGAAGUGUGUAGCCAUUGCAGACCUCCUAUAUCAAAAUGCCUCAACAAAACAAUGUGCUGCUCCCCAGAGCAGCAGGGGAUGAGGUGUAGAGGGCUCAGAUUUAUCUGCAUGGUAGUGGGGUGAAGUGGGAGGGGCGUGAGGGCUCAGCUUUUCCCUUGGGCGGGGUGUGUGGGGGAUGAGGAAGGGAUUUCCCCCCCAGUUGACACCUAAUGUGUAGGGGGCUCAAGGCAGGUCCCUGGUGAAAGCCUUUUCUCAGUGCUGUGGUGGGUGGGUGUUCCUCUUGUCCAUAAUGGGUUACCUUUAGAGGGAUAGCCUGCCCUGAGGGUUGAGCAUUCUACUUCUGAGCCAGCUUAUGCAGUCUAGCAUGAGGAAAGAACCGCCCCCGGGUAGCCUGCCAAAAAAGAUGGGAAUGCAGGUCAGUCAGUCCCCUCCAGAAGCCUGCAGCAGGGAGGGGUUGAUCAAAACAAUCAGGUCCCCACAAGAAGACUGCCAGGGUGGGUGAGUGGCAAGAAGAGCUUGGAGGAUGGUGCAAUGGGGAGUUGGUUCAGGCAUCUGCUCCCAAGUCACGUGAGGCAAGGAACUCUUCGGCCUGGUCUACACUAUGCGUUUAGGUCGAGUUUUUAGCAGCGCUAAAUCAAAUUAACCCUGCACCCAUCCACGCAACAAAGCCAUUUACUUCGACACAAAGGGCUCUUAAAAUCUAUUUCUGUACUCCUCCCUGACGAGGGGAGUAGCGCUGAAAUCGGUAUUACCAUGUCAGAUUAGGGUUAGUGUGGCCACAAUUCGACGGCAUUGGCUCUGGGAGCUAUCCCACAGUGCAACAUUGUGACAGUUCUGGACAGCAAUCUGAACUUGGAUGCACUGGUCAGGUAGACAGGAAAAGCCCCGGGAACCUUUGAAUUUCAUUUCCUGUUUGCCCAACGUGGAGAGCUCAUCAGCACAGGUAACCAUGCAGUCCGAGAAUCGAAAGAGAGCUCCAGCAUGGACUGUACGGGAGGUACUGGAUCUGAUUGCUGUAUUGGGAGAGGAUUCUGUGCUAGCAGAACUACGUUCCAAAAAACGGAAUCCCAAAACAUUUGAAAAAAGUCUCCAAGGGCAUGAUGGAGAAGGGACACAAUCGAGACUCACUACAGUGCCACGUGAAAGUUAAGGAGCUCAGACAAGCCUACCAGAAAACCAAAGAAGCAAACGGAUGGUCCGGUGCAGAGCCGCGUACAUGCCGCUUCUACGCUGAGCUGCACGCAAUUCUCGGGGAGGGAGGCGCCACCACUACCCCACCCCUGACUAUGGAUUCUGAGGAGGGGGUACUCUCAGCCAUGCCUGAGGAUUUUGUGGACAGGAAAGAUGAGGAGGAGGAGGAGGACGACGACGAGCUUGCAGAGAGCACACAGCACGCUAUUCUCCCCAACAGCCAGGACCUUUUCCUCAGCCUGACUGAAGUAGCCUCCCAAGGCGGUAUCCCAGACAUGAAGCCAUGGAAGGGACCUCUGCUGCAGAUUUUUCAAGCCUCCCUCCUCAGUCCCAAAGGCUCUUUCAGAUAAGACGGUGAAAAAAACGCAUGCGAGAUGGAAUGUUCUCUGAAAUCAUGCAAUCAACCUGCAGUGAAAGAGUUCAUUUGAAUGAGUGGAAGGACACAGUAUCACAAUACAGAAAAGCAGCUAACGAGCCUGAGGACAGAAGGGACAAAUGUGAGGACAGGAGGGACGCUCGAGAUGAGAGGUGGCGGCAGGAAGAUCGGAGGAGGCAGGAUGCAACACUGCAGCUACUGCGGGAUCAAACAGACAUGCUCCGGCAUCUGGUGGAGCUUAGAAACGGCAGCAGGAUGACAGAGUGCUGCUGCAGCCCAUGUAUAACGGCCCUCCCCAUGUUCCAUAGCCUCCUCUCCCAGAUGCCCAAGAACAUGGAUGGGGAGGUUCUGUGCACCCGCCCACUCAACCCCAGUGGACAGCCCAAGCAAAAGGCUGUCAUUCAACAAGUUUUGAAGUGGCCUUUUCCUUCGUUCCCUCAUCCCCUCCUCCCACAUCCCACCCAGGAUACCUUGUCAGUUCUCUCCCUAUUUUUAUAAAUCAAUUAAUAAAGAAUACAUGGUGUUUAAAUGAUAGUGACUUUUUUUCCUUUUAAAGCAAGCUGUGAUCGAAGGGGGGAGGGUGGGUGGCUUACA